AUGGAGGAGGAGGGCCGGGUGAACGGGCUGAGCGCCCCCGGGGGGCGCGGCUCGGAGUGGGGUCGCAUCUCCCUGCUGGACAAGAACCAGGAGUUCUUCAGGAUCUGUGACGUGGAGGCCAAGGGCUUCAUCACACGCACCGACAUGAGGAGGCUCCACCAAGAGCUGCCCCUAUCAUCAGAAGAGCUGGAGGAUGUGUUUGACUCGCUGGACGCCGGCCGUGACGGCUACCUCACACUGGAGGCCUUCUCCUCUGGCUUCAGCCAGUUCCUGCACGGUCGGAGGCUCUCAUUGGGCGACGACCUAGGCCCCUCCCCCGCCCCGGGGCACCGGGUCAAGGAGACGCUGUACCAGAGCCAAUGGGACGCCAGGCUGGCGGGCGGUGAGGACGAAGAGGAGCAGCACUUCAGCAUGCUGCUGGAGAGCCUGGGGGCCGGCAAUGUGUUCGAGGACCCAGGCGAGGUGCGCAGUCUGUGGGCUCAGCUCAGGAAGGACGAGCCCCACCUCCUCUCCAACUUCGAGGAGUUCCUGGCGCGCGUCACGCACCAGAUCAAGGACGCCAAGGAGGAGAAGAAGGAGAUGGAGAGUGCUCUGCAGAGGAAGGCAGCCACACAUGACAGCGAGAUACGCAGCCUGUACGAAGAGAUGGAGGCGCAGAUCAAGAACGAGAAAGACCGGCUCCAUCUGAAGGACUCUGAGCGGCAGCAGCUGCACAGCCAGGACCUGGAGUACCAGCUGGUCUCCAAGGAGAGGGAGCUGGACCAGCUCUCCUCCAAGCAGCACAGGCUGGAGCGGCAGUGCUGCGAGCUGAGCAGUGAGAAGAAGGAGCGCCACGUGGAGAACGUGAAGCUGAAGGUGACCAACGAGGAGCUGGUGAGGGAGCUGGACAGCACCAGCCAGGAGCUGACCCUCGCCCAGGAGCAGCUGGCGCUGCUGCAGCAGCAGGCCUCCCGGCUGCACCAGGAGAAGGAGAUGGAGAUGUACAGGAUCACGGAGGGGCUGCAGAGAGAGAAGCAGAGUCUCAUGAAACAGCUCGACCUGCUCCGAGAGAUGAACAAACAUCUGAAGGAUGAACGGGACAUAUGCUGUGGCAUGCCGCGGUCCUCACUGAGGAAGAAGCAGAAGCAGCAGAAGGCUGGCCUGGCUAAUCUAUUCGAUGAUCCCAGUCCACAGUCCAACAGCUCCCUGAUGGUGGACGGGUCCUACCAGUCUCUGGAGGCCCUGCCCUUGCACCACCUUCAUAUCGUGUUUGUCGCUUCCUCUUCCUGCAGCGAGGACGACUCCCCCGGCCCCGCCCCCUACCGCGCCCCCUCCCUCUUCUCCGCCCCCAACGCUAGCGCUAACCCCUACGCUAGGCCUAGCAUUAGCCCCCGGGGCGACGCCCCCGCCUGCCCCCAGCAGAGACCCCCCGCCAAGAAGAGCCCCGCCCACCUCGCCAACGAGGAGCGGCUGGACGGGCCGCUGGACGGGUGGCCCCUGCGCCGCGUGAUCUCCAUCGAGGAGGACCACCUGCCCCACCUGCUCCUUGGGGGGCCCCAGCCCCUCCUGCACCAGCUCAGUGAGGAGGAGGAGGAGGAGGAGGAGGAGGAUGAAGACGAUCUGGAGGAGGUGGGGGAGGAGGCAGCGCAGAGCGACCUGGAGGCCAGCGGCGUCGACCUGACCAGCAAGUCCAUGGCCACGCCCCCCUCCAGCUCCGCCCAGCAGGCUGUGGGCGUGGCUGUGGGCGUGGCUGUGGGCGUGGCUCCGGUGGCGGCGCCGGUCGUCACCAGGUCCCGCUUCUCCAGGAUGACCAUGGCCCCCCGGGGUCAGCCCGUCGGCAAGGAGACCCAGCACGUACGUCCCUGGAGAGAGAGCCUGGGUCCUGUGUCGGUCCCUGAGCGUCUGUUCAAGGUGGUGCUGGUGGGGAACUCCAGCGUGGGAAAGACCUCCCUGCUGCGCUCCUUCUGCGAGGGCCGCUUCAGCCCCGCCACCUCCGCCACCGUGGGUAUCGACUACAGCGUGAAGACGCUCACCCUGGACAACACCCAGGUGGCCAUGCAGCUGUGGGACACAGCUGGACAGGAGAGGUACCGCAGCAUCACCAAGCAGUUCUUCCGGAAGGCGGACGGCGUUGUGGUCAUGUACGACGUCACGGUGGAGGACAGCUUCAAGGCCGUCAAGCCCUGGCUGGACAACGUCCAGGAAGCUGCAGGCGAAGGCAUCCCCAUCCUGUUGCUAGGCAACAAAAUGGACAAAGAUGAGGAGCGACAGGUCUCCUACAAAGAGGCCUUCCUAUUGGCUGAGGUUGCCCAGAUCAUGUUCUACGAGGUCAGCGCCUACACAGGGAACCAGGUGGCCGAGUCCCUCACCCACCUGGCCAGAGUUCUAAAGGAGCAGGAGGACAGGGUGAGAGACACCACCAUCAUCCUCACCGCCCAGCCCGUGAAGAAGAAAGCCUGCUGCAAGUAGAACGCAGGGGACGGACACACGUGGCGGAACGUUGGUAGAACCCGGGGAGAACGGACACACGUGGUGGAACGUUGGUAGAACCCGGGGAGAACGGACACACGGGGUGGAACGUUGGUAGAACCCGGGGAGAACGGACACACGGGGUGGAACGUUGGUAGAACCCGGGGAGAACGGACACACGGGGUGGAACGUUGGUAGAACCCGGGGAGAACGGACACACGGGGUGGAACGUUGGUAGAACCCGGGGAGAACGGACACACGGGGUGGAACGUUGGUAGAGCCCGAUUACACCUCACACUCGUCCGAUGCGUUUGCUGGACAUGGAUGGAUGAUGUGUGAAGGCUGUGGGCUUCAUAUCAAUGGACUUUGGGUUGGACUUUAUAUUCUAUUUUAUUUGAGCACUCAUUGUGGACUUAGCUCUGCGUUGUUUAAACUGAAGAUGAAGACAGAUAAGCAGAAAUUGCGUUGCAAUUAACGAACGAAUGAAUGAAAUAUGAGUAUUUUACGUAUUAGAGGAAAGGACCUGAAGACCAAGAGAUUGCGUUGAUAUUUACUCUAAGCGCUGGUCUGAUGAACAUGGGCCUUUAUUCACCUUGUAGCUCUUGGCCCCAUCUUGGUUCUAAGCGUUUAGAAGAACCAAGAGGGCCGCGAGGUGAACAAGAUCUAUUCGGAGAAUCACCGUGAACAGAUAUAUUUAAGAUGACUGAUCCAUUGAUGGGGAUUGGUGAUGUUUAUUUUUUUUAUUUUGUGCAAUCAACCUAAGAUAAGAAUAAUCAAAAACCAAUAUGACCACCGGAAUUUAUUGAAAUUUUGUUUUUGAAUUAAAAUCACAGGUUAGAAAAAACAACUAUUAAAUUCUUUGUAACAAUUGGUUGGAACAGUUCUUUUCAUGGCCCUUUUUUCAUUUUCACGUUCAUGUUUCAAAAUAACGUAAGACAUAUUGCAUUUUUUUUCUUCUUCUGAGGCUUAUAGUUAUUGCACUGAGUAAAUUAUGAAUGAUCUUAAAUUCAAUUGUUCAAAUUCAUUGUUUUUAAAAUCAAUGGGGCUCAUAUAAUUACACAUGCAGAUAAAAAACUCAACUACUAUAGACCUAUACAUAUACAAUGAAAAUGUAAUUCCUAACGGAAUAAUAAGGAAUUAGGUUUAAAUUAUAACUUGUUUCACGUCAGACCGAGAAAUGCACAACAUUUGACACAUCAUAAAUAUCGAUCUUCUCACUGAUGUACUCAAAUAACUACAAAAACAUGAAAUAAAAAUAAAAAGUACUGUCAAGAAAUCAAGUUUAGGAUAGUAGUACAUUCAAUGAAAUGCCCAAGGCAAUCAGGUUGGUGUCGAUGGCAACUAUUGCUCAAAGUAAAUGGCUCCCUCUGAC